CGCCCCAUAACAAUCUGAUUCCUUCACUAUUUAUUUAGUAUAACAUUUUCUCUUUCCUCAAGCAUCUAAAGCUUGUUUCUUUUUUCCAAUCAAGAUCUGCGCAUGUUCAAGAUGGUCGAAUCCCACGAGCAAAAGUGUUGGAUAUGUAAUAUAAAACAAUCAGAUCAUUCCAUCAUUAGCUUUUCUUCACCAUCGUCAACUUCUAAUUAAUCCGAAACAGAAGAUACAAGUAUAUAUUUCUUCUUUUGGCAAACUGGAAAAAAUUAAUCAUGUGGAGAAGGUUUUGGUCGUGCUCAGGGGUGAAGCUGGGUGUAUCGGCGGUGAUUGGACCGAAGCCUUUUCUUUUUCAUCAUCAUCAUCAUCAUCAGGGUGAUCAAUUUUUAUUGGUGGGAUUGAAGUCGGUUGGAUCUUACUCCUUCGGAAAAGCUUGGUUGUCGUCUUCGACGGCUACUUCCGAUGUGUCUGCUUCUAAAGCGUCCGGAGUGGGAUUGGACAGCAUUUCCUUCUCGGAGGCGAAGAAGCUGAUGAGACUGGUGAACGUAGAAGCACUGAAGAGGAAGCUAGAGAUGGGAGGCAAGGAGUUGAUUGGAUACUCGGAAUUGCUGGAGGCCUGUGAGAGUAUGGGCGUGGCCAGAUCCAUGGAUGAGGCAAUCGCGUUCGCACGCGUGCUGGAUGAGGCUGGGGUCGUGCUUCUCUUCCGCGACAAGGUCUAUCUUUAUCCAGAUAAGGUGGUGGACCUGGUUAGAAGAGCAGUACCCCUUGCUCUGACCGCUGAAGAUGACCCUGUUAGAGAGGAACUCAAGAAGCUGCAGGCAAAGAAAGAAGAGAUUGACGUGCUGGCACAUCAGCAGGUUCGCCGCAUCCUCUGGACUGGUCUUGGAUUUGCUGUAGUACAGGUUGGGCUCUUUUUCCGGCUAACGUUCUGGGACUUCUCAUGGGAUGUUAUGGAACCUAUUGCAUUUUUCACCACAACUGCUGGUCUUGUCAUAGGCUAUGCUUACUUCUUGUUCACUUCGAGAGAUCCAACUUACCAAGACCUCAUGAAAAGGCUCUUUCUCAAUAGGCAGAGAAAUUUGUUCAAGAAGCAUAAUUUUGACGUUGACAGGUUCAAGGAGCUACAGAAUAAGUGCAAAGUACCUCUAGAUGCGGCUGCUUCCAUUCGCAAUCGUGUAGGAUUGGAACUUGAAUUGGAGGAUGCCUUGCACAAGGACUAACAUUUUUCCUCCUUUACCCCUUCCCGCCUUUUUUUUUAUUUUGUAUUUUUUGAGCUAUUCGAUAUGGGUCAUCCCAAUACCCAACCUUGUUUUUUCUUUUUCUUUUUCUUUUUCUUUUUCUUUUUCCUUUUUUCAGGAGGAAUGACAUAUGCUUUACUUUUCAGUAGCUUUAUUAAAAUAUUUUCCAAAAU